AUGCUUUGCAAGAUCUGCAAGGAAGGACUGGAGGGAAUAUGGGAUCCUAGUCGAAGCAGUCGACUUGCGCUGCUCAAGGACUAUUUGGAAAAUGAAGACGAAGACGAUGGCGCCGGUAAUGAGCCCGAUAAUACCCAUGGCUCAGGUGCUACCGAUAGCCCGGCCAGAAACGGAGCCUUUGAUUACGUAUAUGGUCACCACAAGGACAGAGAUUCGUUCUUAGCUUCGAUGCAAGAGGGAUGCGCCAUGUGCAACCGCUUUCAGCCCGGGCAAGGACUGGAUGCAGGUGACAACCCCAAGAUUCAGGAGCUUGGCUACUUCUCUGUGUUCUACCUUAUGAUUCAUCCAGAAGCCGCCGUGACAAAGCCAGUCAUGAUGGUUGAUGUGGAAAACUCAUGCGGCGGGUUUGACUUUGUCCCAUAUGGAGACCCAAAAUACGACCAAAACAUCAACUUUGAUUUUGGGCAGUCAAACUAUGACUCCAAGGCAUGGUCCAUCGUGGAGAAAUGGAUGAGCACUUGUCUCAAUUCUCAUCCCCAAUGCAAACUGAUUGAGGCACCGAGUUCAUACCGACCCACUCGGCUGCUCAAGAUUGAUAAACCUGGUACAUUUCGUAUCGUCCUGGGUACCGACUGCCCUCCGGCUCUUCAGUAUGUAACCUUGAGCCAUUGCUGGGGUGCAAAGCCCGUUGAACGCCUGCUAUGCCUGCUGAAGUCGACGGCCGAGGACUUGGGCCGGGAGCAAUCAGUCGACAAUCUCCCAAAGACCUUCAGAGAUGCGGUCGACAUCGCUCGGCACUUUGACGUCGAUUAUCUCUGGAUAGACCGCCUCUGCAUCUUUCAAGACUCUGCCGAGGAAUGGAGGAGGGAAGCGGCUACCAUGCAAGACGUGUACCGAAACGCACUCUUCAGCAUCGCGGCGCUGGGGGCCAAGGACGACGAGGGCGGCUGCUUCUUUGAGCGGGACCCGGCCAAGACGGCGCCGACGGUUGUCCGGUUCAAGCUGACCGAAGACGGGGAAGAGAAGGCGUUCAGGUUUGGCCUCGAAGAGGGCUGGUCAUGGCGUCUAUCCUUCGAGCACGAGCCUCUGGUGCAGCGAUCCUGGGUCGUCCAGGAACGGCUCCUCACCCCACGAACUCUGCAUUUCGGGUCCAAGCAGCUAUUCUGGGAGUGCCGUGAAAUGGCAUGCUGUGAAAUGCAUCCCCAGAGUGUCUACUGCUACAGAGAUUACGACGUUGAGGAAGAUGAAGAUGAGGCAGCUGAAGAGGCCGGUCAAGACCGUCAUCAUCCUUGCCUUUGGAAGCAGUUGUUGGAUGCGCCCGAUCGUAGGCAUGGCAGGAGCCCCUACGAGCAGCUCUUCGUCGAUUGGAAUAUGAUAGUCAACCUCUACGCUAGUCGAAAGCUGAGUGUACCCGGCGACAAGCUGGUCGCCCUGUCCGGUUUAGCCAACGAUAUGAAGGCACGACUCCAGCAAAUGAAGCCCGGCCCGCACCGGUAUCUUGCCGGCCUCUGGGAAGAGACGCUGAUGGAUACGUUGGUGUGGAACGUCCGAGAUCCAGCCAUCAGAGCGCCUGAGUAUAGGGCACCGUCAUGGUCUUGGGCUUGCCUUGACGGGGAUAUCAAUCUUCUUGGAGGAUGCACGCAGGAAGAAGACACAAUCUCUCUCUCCUCCCCGAUCUCGGUGGAGAUGUCACAUCCCGGCGAAGAGGACACCGGGCAGGUGACUGCCGGCACGCUGACUUUGAAGGGGCCGUGUGGCCUGGCCGAGAUAGGGCAGGAGGCCGGGUGGGGGGUGACGGAGCUCAACAUUCUCAGCGUCGUGGGCGAAGAUGGACGCGUUUUCCACGGCAAGGACAUGGUGAGAGCCAGUGUCUACUUUGAUACCUUGGACGAUAUCACGAACCAGGUUUCUCUUGUAUUGGUGUGCGCUCACCAUUACGAUGAGGGGGAAUGGUAUGUUCAUGGCUUGGCACUCAACCGCGUGGAAGAGAAUACGUAUCGCAGGGUGGGUAUGGCAAGUUGCUCUUUCAAGGAUAAGGAGAGUGCCGAGGCGUUUGGUGCGGCGUUCCCACGCAAGGAACUCCAGAUCGUUUGA